GCAUUUCGCGCGCCUUCCCUAUUUUAUUUUCAUUGUGUUGUUUGCAACAGUCGUGAAAAUUUAUCGAAGGAAAACAAAUUUGUCUCUAAUUGCGAAAUUUCUACUGUUAAGAACUUUUCUAAUAAAAAGGCGAAAUGGGUCUUCUGGAUUUGUGUGAAGAAUAUUUUGGUGAACGCGACAUUUAUAAGUUAUUGGAUUUGGAAAAGAAUGCAUUGCCCAGAGACAUAAAAAAGGCCUAUUACAAGAUGUCUUUGCAAGUUCAUCCAGAUCGUGUUGAGGAAGAUAAAAAGGCAGAAGCUACAGAAAAAUUCAAAGUUUUGUCUAAAGCGUACACGGUACUCUCCGAUAAAGAAAAGCGUGAUUUAUACGAUGAAAAAGGUGUAAUAAUUGAUGAGGAUGACGAGGGUAAACUCAGUUCAUGGAUGGAUCUAUGGGGACAAGUGUUUCGAACGGUUACUGAAGAAGAUAUUGUCAAUUACGAAAAUUCUUAUGUUGGUUCUGCACUGGAACGAGACGAUAUGAAGAAGGCUUAUUUAUCGAGUAAAGGGUGUAUAAAUAAAAUAAUGACUGAAGUUCCAUUUCUGCAUGUGAAAGAUGAGCCUCGUCUACAGAAGAUUAUAGGAGAAAUGAUUGCAGCCGAUGAGGUGCCUGAAUACAAAAUAUUUACGGAAGAGCCUUCUCAGAAGCGGCAACGUCGUCAUAAGAAAUAUGCACGAGAAGCAAAGGAGGCAGAAGAGAUAAAACAAAAAUUAGGACUUGGUGGUCUACAAAAUCAGAUAUUGAAACGUAAAGAGCAAAGACAUGCUAAUUUCAACUCAUUUUUGGACAAAUUAGCUGAAAAAUAUGCCGAUGGUGACGACAGUGAGGUGUAUGAUUUUGCAAAGAAAACCAAGUCCAAGAAGAAGGCAACCAAUACUCCAUCGAAAACGAACGGCGUUAAGAAGGGGAGGGUACAGAAAAAACGCAAUUAACUAAUAGUUAUAUAUAUUUAUGUUUAUGUUUAAACAUGUGCUGGAUCAUCAAAUUAGUAUUAGUAGUAUGAGGUUUAUAUUUUGUUUAAAAUUUUUGUUUAAAAAAUUUACAUUGAAAUAAAAACUGAAUUUAUUAUAAUUAUCCAUUAA